AUGUCCCAGCAGCAGCAGCAGCAACAACUGCACUCCAUCGUGUUGCCACGUGCGGCCUGGAUGUGGAAACCGCGGUCAAAGAAAGUCAUUGAGCACAACCUGGGAGAAGUGGUGGCGUCCUCCUUGGGUGUACGGCUACUGGGAGCGCAUGGAUGGAAACGACGCUACGUGUUCGUUGAAGGCAACACAAUCUGCUACGGCAAGGGCGUCGGACGGCGAGAGAAGGUAAUUCCGUUGGAGAUUGUAAAGGCCGCGAACUACGCCACGCGCGACGUCCUGCUGGCCGCCAAGGCACCCAGUGCAAAGUCUCAGUUUGGGUGGUUCAUGUACAUUAACGGUAAAGAGUUGCUGUUUUGUUGCGAGAACCACAGCUCGCGCGAGGAAUGGGUGACGUUCAUCCUCGCCAUGCUUAGGUUCAUGAGCGGGCUGACGACGCCAGUGCCGCUUGCGGCAAGGAGUGAGAACGGCGAAACCGUCGCAUCUUUGAUAGCCAGGUGCAUUGAGGAGCGGCGGAGCGGUGCUGCCGAGGGUGGCCAAACCCUUCCUCUGGGUCUCGCACAGCCGGCGUUUUCUCUGGAGCCCACAGGCCACACGGAGGGCUCUGCACAACUCCUUGGAGGGGAAGCGGUGCGGCGUGAACCCUCACCGCUCCCGGAAACCCAGGAGGAGGAGGCGACCGACACGCCAGGGAACGCUCCCUACGCUGCAGCCGCCGAAGACAUUGCCGAGGACGCCGUGAGUGAUGAGGAUGGGCACGCCGGUAGCAGCGCAGACGCGCCUCCCACGACGAAUGCGUUGCAGGGUGAGAAGUUGGCGGGCCUGCACGCCCUUGCCCUUUUACCACAAGCCCACCAGCGCCACUCCCACAUUGAGUACAAGUUGGAGUCCUUCACGGAGCAGUUUAAGUCUGGGGAUAGCGUACAAAACGUUGUCUUUUCACGAUGCGUGGAAAAGAUUGGGAAGCGCGACACGGCACAGGAGCGAGACCUCGUUCUGACACCAAACUACUUGUACUUGUUCGCCCAAAACAAACUAACCGGUGGGGUGUCUGCCCGGUGCGUUGACACCAGCCAGAUUGCGGGUGUCAUUGAGAGCACCGCCGAGAUGAAUCUUCUGGCCGUCGUUAUCCCCUGCUUUCAUGAUAUUCUCAUUCGGUUUCACAGUCAAAAUUCACGCGUGGGUGGAACGGAGUCGAAGGUCAAAAUUCAGCUCAUUGCACACCUGUACAAAAUUCAUUUGGACCAUCAAACCGGACGACGUUUCCUGUUCCGCGAGGUGGAGAACGUGCGGGCCGUCAUACGGCGCAGUGUGGAGGAGCCCCAUCUGCCGCUAAUGUCGCACCCGGAGGACCGCAUGCAGGUGGGGACAAACAAGGCACUCUUCCCCUUAUUUCGGCUCCACGCGGAGUCUGUUGUGUUUUGGUCCUCCAUGGUCACGCAGGUGAAGGAGGACCACCGGUUGCAGCUCCGCGCGCUUGCGAUCACUGAUGGAGCUGUUUAUCUCCUGAGUGAGACACUAGGCAGGGUCACGCGCCGGAUUCCGUUGCCAGACCUACAAUACGUGAAGUUUGACAGGGAUUCCCAGACGAUACUGCUUCACUGCACGGAGGUGGACGCCCUUUUUACGGUUCAGUCUAGUCUGGAGUUUAGCCGCCUCAUCGCGCUGCUGCCAGAAGUGGUGAUGCAGUGCUGCUGCGUGAAAGUCUCCGCCACAGCGUCAAAGCAGUUGUACGCCCACGCCCGAUUUGCGGAGCCGGGGAAGCUGAAGGAGGCAAUAGGUGGUUUAUCGUCGCUUGGUAGCGUUAGGCGGCACCUGCAUCUUCCCUCGCGGGUCUUGUCCUCCAUGCACCCGGCGCGUUUCAAGACGUACUUUGGCAAACAUCAAAGUGACGCUGCGGAGGCACACGGGGUGCAUGCUCCGGAGGACGUGGGCGGUGGUUGGCUCAGCAAGAGGCCCGGCAGCCGUGCCUACUUGGCACAGUACCGCUUCGUUGAGGAACUCGUUGUGGACUUUGAGGAGGAGGCAGGCAUGCUUACAGGCAUUCCAUCUACCGCGUCGGACGCCUUGGCGCUCAAUGGAGCCUUCGCAACAGACUUUGACUUUGGGUCGAUUCAGUAUUCUUUGGUUUGCACUGAACUGGAUGUGAAGUCGCUUCCCACCGGCGUCAUCUUGAGCUCUGGGGUGUUGAGCAAGCAUGCCACCCGGCGGGUGGUUUGCGUUUGCACGCGAGGCAUUUUGCUGCUGCACCAGCAAGAUGAGGUGGGAAAGCUGCGCCGAACUUUUAAGGGCCUUCUGCGGGGGCACAAAGGCGCAGUUGGCGCGGCCGCAAUGCCAACCGACAGUUUCCGCACACACGAUCCUAGGGUUGUGGUGUUCCUCUCCUGGCCCGACGUUGUCGGCCUUGUCCGGUGCUAUCCGGGGCAGGGGACGCUGAUUGGCGUGAUGACCGGCUCGGGCCACUCCUGCGACUACCUGCUUGACGUGGGGAGCGACCGCGGUGUGGACGCAUUCUUCCGCUGCUCUGUGCGGGGCUACGUCGAACGGCACCGCCGCUCCCCACACGCGUACGAGAUGCUUCCACUUUUCAUGGCUCCGCACGUGGAGAAUGUGCGUAAUGCGUUGAAAACCACUGUCUUUGACCCGAGGCCCACCAUUGCGCUUCGCCGCCUGCGUAAGCAUUACGCCAGCGAUGAGCUGUACCUCGCAGUCGUGCCUGACAUUGCCGAGGCCUGCCGUCGCUUUGGGGACAACACGAUUUACUUCUCUGGUGUGGCGUGGCGCUACCGGGCCGCUGCGCCCAAGAAGCAGCGCAGGAAGGACAAGACGACGGAGCCGGAGACGCGCGAGGUAAGCGCCGCCGCGCUGGCAACGCACAAGCCGUGCAUCAUUGUCAUUACAAACUGUGCCGUUUACUGGUGCGCGGAUGGUGGUCUCGGGAUCCUGCGGCGCGUCGAGCUGCUCGCGCUGGGGGAGGUCUACCUGAGCCCCGCAGAGCCGGACGCCCUGCUGAUCACAGUUCCAAAAGAGUACGACAUGUGCUUUUGCCUCGACGGUCGCGGAAAAGAGUUCCUCGCACGGCUGCAGGAAGCGUACGCGGCAUGGACGGAGUACCACCGUCACCUUCCCCGCGAACCAAGGGGUGGCCGGCACAGCCUCCCCGAUGGCGAGCUACCAACAAGGACCGUGCCAAGCCUUGCCUCUCUGGGGCAAUUAGAAAAGCCGCCGCACUGUGCUGGGUUACAGGCAAAGCGCAGUUCAGGGGAAACGAGGGAAGAGGUGGAGCUCCUGCACCGGCGUUACCUCGCAGCUGCCAUUUCCAAGUACGAGGCUGUGUUGGAGGCAGCCUCCAAGCGCCAACUCUCAUGGGCGAGGUCGUACAAGAGCCUCAGUGCCGCAGGGGCAACGCUGGAGUUUGCACACAGGCGGGCCUAUGCCUUUUCGCUUCGAAGUAGCACGCACCCAGAGAUGGAGCGAGCACAACUGCGGCUUCAUGAGUUUUGCUGCAUAAAUGAUAUCCUGGAGCGCAUGCAGCAGGCGGCGGCCACGGAAGACUUGGCCGCGUAUGAGGCGGCGGCUGAAGAGGCAAAGCAAUACGGGCCUCUCCUUGCCUUUCUAGAAGAAACCCACGAGGUUCAUGAAACUCUGGCAAAACGAACUGUUGCUCUUGACAAAAUUACUGCAUGCGUCAAUAGUGACACGCGUCUGUCAUUGCAGGAGACGGAGGGCAAACUUCAGGCCUUGUUUGUGGCCGCGAUGGAGAGCGGGGUCCAGCCCGAGGUGCUGGAGGGGCUGCGCCGUCGCGUGGACCUGCGCAGCCAGCAGGGGGCGUUCCUGGCGCAGCUGCAGGCGCAUAGUAUGGCCGUUGCCACCGGGGCUGAAAAAACCCCGUCGGAGAAGGUGCUGCUGCUGCUUGCUGAGGCGGCGCGCCAGCUUGAGGUCCCCGUCUCGGCUGUAGAAACGGCUUUUCCGCGGGACUCGCAUGCGGUGGCUCGCGGCGAGGGCAAAACGCAGCGGCAGGCGCUACUGCUGCGACAGGAGCAACACAACACGCGAAGGCUGGUUGCAGCGACGUGUGACGCCAUUGAAGUCGCGGUGUCCUUGGGCAGUGUCUCUCUGCUGCAAGACGUCCUGCGGUUUGCCGAGCGGUCCCCCCGCGAGGAGGUGAAGGAGCGGGUGCAGUGGGGGUGGGAGCAGCUCAGCCUACGUCGCGAGCACCGGGCAACCCAUCGCAUGCCACCGCGUCUCAUGGAGCAGCUCGUGGCUCGCCGGCAGUCCAGCGAGUGGGGCGCUGCGGCGGUCCACAAGCUGCGCGACGCGUGUGAAAAGGCGCUACAAGAGCUUCCAGCGGAGGCCCCAUUUAUGCUGCGCGAUCGUCGGUUGAUGCAGUCGCAAGUGCGCCUCCUCGAGGAGGAAGAGCACCGUCUCAUUUUGCGGGACUCCCUACAGACGCAGGCGGAACAGGACUGGGACCGAUGCAGGGAGGAGCUGCAGAAGAAGGAGGAGGACGAGCGACAUGCCACACAAGAGCGGGGACGUCGGCAGGCGGAGGCGAUUGGUCGGCGGCGUAUGGAGUACCUGUUGAUAUGGCAGGGCCGCACCAGCAAGCUGUGUGUUUCGCUACGCGAGAGUAUUCGCUUGGGUAACACGGCGGAGGUGCGGCGGUGCGUACGCCAGUGCAUCUUUUUUCAGCAGGAGAUCCAGAACGGGCUUUUAAACUACAGCAGCUGCCUGACUUCUGGACGCGCUGCGCAGCCGAUGCCUGAGAAAAUACUGAGCGACCUCAAGACGGCCGCCACGCGUGGUCAGGCGUUUCUGGCCGGCCAUGAAGGGGAGGCGGAACGCUACGCCUCCCUCGCCACGAGGAAUAACGACGCGGAGGCCGCUGCGGUGGAGGAUGUGGGCGGGGAGGAGUCGGAAGGGGGAGGGGCGGCGGCGGCGGUUCCACCGGAGCUGCUGGCAUUGAUCGAAGCGCACAGGCCGAAGGAGCUGGUGGCGUACGUGCGCGCGCACGCGUCUGAGCUGACGGCGGAGGCCGUUGUCCAGGCACAGGUGCUGUGGUCAGCCUCUCGCGAGCGGCGCCAGUGGGUUGCUAAGCUGCACCGCGCCAUCCACACCGCCUUCGCGCUGAAUAAUCGAGAGCUGCUGCAGACGCACAUCGACGCGGCAAAGGCGUCUGGAUACAUGGACGACGUGGUGGAGGGCGCCAUGGAAGUUGUCUUGGCAAUGAGGGCCCGGCAAGACGCCACGCCAAGCAGCAGCGGUGGAGGUAGCAGGAGUCCAUCUCCGGCAUUGGCGUUGGAUGCGGCACAGGAGGACCAGGCGCCUCGCACGUUCACGCUUUCUCACGUCUAUGACGCGCGCUCUAGCGACGCGGCGGAGCGCCUAAUCGGCCAGCUGCACGCCGCAACGCUGGAGGUGCUGCAGCCUACCGACCCGGGCCCUCUCUCGCCGAGUGCCCCGGUGCAAGAGCGGCGGCAGAAGCGCAUGAUGGAUGUCGUUCAGCUGUGGCAUGAUGUCUUUCAUCACCGCCUAAGGCCGUCUGGGGGCGUGUUCAGGCGAAGGGAGCGUGACUGCUUUGACUUUCUGCACUUUGUCAGCCAACGCAACGUCGCAGGGGACUAUUUGGCCCCCUACACUAACCGUCUCCUGAGCGACUUUGAGCGUGUCAAGAAGUACAACGCCACCCAAGGGCGGAGCAGCAGCUUCCUGCUUAUUGCCUACAUGUUCCAGCGGAAGCUGUUGGAGCGGAUUGUCUACGAGAUUGCCCAGCUUGGGGCAAAGGUGCGGGGUGAGGUUCUUUGCGGGGAUGCGUUGCUAAACCAAAGCCUUGAUGAUUUGCUGGCGCUGGCCCACGUGGGGGAGCAGGCGGAGUGGCCGGCGAUGGUGAGCGAGGCCCCUGAUGAGGCCGCCGUGGACACAACCGCGUCGCUUACGCUCAUGUCGAUUGUAGAGGAAAUGGCCGCGGAGGAGCCCACGCACGGCGUUGCAGUGGAGAAGCAGCAGCAGCAGCAGGGGACAUGCGACGUGCCCCGAGCGGCGGCGUUGCGGAAGUGCGCAGAGUUGCUGCGGUCUGCGACGCGUGUGUUGUCGAAUUAUUUUGCGGGGAGGCUUGCGGCGCUGGGCGUCUGCCCCUCCGUCGAGGACGUCCGUGCGAUAUUCGACGAGGGGGUACACAAAGAAAUCGGUCUGAUUGCCCAGGAGCAUCUGCUUCCAGCCAUGACGGCCCUGAUUCACGCGGGUUUCCGCCCCACCUACCACCUUGUGCGGACCCGCCGUGUGUGGGAUGCCGUGUUGGAGUUUGGGGCUAGUCUGCAGCGGGGCUCGAGGGACCUGAGCGGCGUCGCGGUGUCCGGCGUUCUCCAGCUUGUGGAGGCCGUCACCGAUGUCACGGGUCGACAGCGCACGAAGCUUCAGCGGCUUAGUGAAGAUGAGCUGGCAAGCCUGCGGCUACGCAUGUUUUUAAUCGAGUGCCUCAAUCGCAACGUGCUUGCCGCCUUCCUGCAGAUCUUCUUUCAAGGCGAGGAGGGCAUGACCCGCUGGGCGAGCCGAGACGGGGUGUGGAAGUUCUACGAACGAGAUCGCUGCGUGUGCCACCCGCCGGAGGACGCGGGAACGAGGGAGCUGAUGGAAGUCAUCACACGGCUGUCAGAGCUCCCGUUUGUUUUGGUUGUCGACAGAGAGCUGUGGUGA